ACGCUGAGGGUGCUCCUCAAAGACGCGCUGUUGGAGCCGGGCGCCGGGGUGCUGUCCAUCUACUACCUGGGGAAGAAGUUCAUGGGGGACCUGCAGCCCGACGGGAGGAUCGUGUGGCAGGAAACGGGGCAGGUGUUCAACUCACCCAGCGCCUGGGCCACCCACUGCAAAAAGCUGGUGAACCCAGCCAAGAAGUCCGGCUGUGGCUGGGCCUCUGUCAAGUACAAGGGCCAGAAACUGGACAAGUACAAGGCAGCCUGGCUCCGGCGACACCAGCUCCACAUUCCCACCGCUGCUGCUGAUGAGAGCCCGGCCAGUGAAGGGGAGGAGGAGGAGCUGUUGAUGGAGGAAGAAGAGGAGGACGUUCUGGCAGGGGUCUCCACCGAGGACAAGAGUCGGAGACCACCUGCGAAGGGACCCUUGGAGCCUGCCCACGCAGAGGCCGUGCCCCCCGGGAAGCGGGUGGAAAACAAGAUCCGGGUGCCUGUGCGUUACUGCAUGUUGGGCAGUCGCGACUCUGCCAGGAACCCCCACACACUGGUGGAAGUAACAUCCUUCGCUGCCAUCAACAAGUUCCAGCCGUUCAACGUGGCCAUCUCCAGCAACGUGCUAUUCCUGCUGGACUUCCACAGCCACCUGACUCGCAGCGAGGUCGUGGGGUACCUGGGGGGCCGCUGGGACAUCAACAGCCAGAUGCUCACGGUGCUGAGAGCCUUCCCCUGUCGGAGCCGGCUGGGGGAUGCGGAUAUGGCCGCCACCAUGGAAGAGGAGAUCUACCAGAGCCUGCUCCUGCGGGGCCUGUCCCUGGUGGGCUGGUACCACAGCCACCCGCACAGCCCCGCGCUGCCAUCGCUGCAGGACAUCGACUCGCAGAUGGACUACCAGCUGCGCCUGCAGGGCUCCAGCAACGGCUUCCAGCCCUGCCUCGCGCUGCUCUGCUCCCCUUACUACUCUGGCAAUCCGGGCCCCGAGUCCAAGAUCUCACCCUUCUGGGUGAUGCCGCCGCCCGAGCAAAGGCCCAGUGACUACGGCAUCCCCAUGGACGUGGAGAUGGCCUACGUCCAGGACAACUUUCUGACUAAUGACAUCCUGCAUGAGAUGAUGUUGCUGGUGGAGUUCUACAAGGGCGCCCCGGACCUCGUGAGGUUCCAGGAGCCCUGGAGCCAGGAGCACACGUACCUCGACAAGCUGAAGAUCUCCCUGGCCAGCAGGACACCCAAGGACCAGGGCCUGUGCCACGUCCUGGAGCAGGUCUACGGCCUCCUUAAACAAGGGAGCUGAGGCACCACCACCUCCGAGGGCCUCUGGUCAGACUCUGAACCCCCAGUGGUUCCGGCUCAGGGGGAAUGGGUCUGGGGGCUUUGUUUGUGGCACAGAUAAUAAAGGGGAGAAGCGAAUA